AUGAAGGUGAAAGGCAGAGAAAUCAGCUACUUGCUGGUCUCCUUUGCUGUGAUCUGCGCAGUGGCCACACCUGGGAGCAGAGCCUGUCCUCAUCGCUGUGCCUGUUACAUGCCUACAGAGGUGCACUGCACAUUUCGGUACCUGACCUCCAUCCCAGAAAGCAUCCAACCCAAUGUGGAACGCAUCAAUUUAGGGUACAACAGCUUGGUUAGACUGACAGAAACAGAUUUUUCUGGCCUGAACAAAUUGGAGUUACUCAUGCUGCACAGCAAUAGCAUUCACUCAAUUCCUGAUAAGACCUUCUCGGAUUUGCAGGCUUUGCAGGUCUUAAAAAUGAGCUAUAACAAAGUCCGAAAACUUCAGAAAGAUACUUUCUAUGGCCUCAGGAGCUUGACACGAUUGCAUAUGGACCACAACAAUAUUGAGUUUAUAAAUCCAGAGGCUUUUUAUGGACUCAACUUUCUCCGCCUGGUGCAAUUGGAAGGAAAUCGGCUCACUAAGCUCCAUCCAGAUACAUUUGUCUCUUUGAGCUACCUCCGGAUAUUUAAAACAUCUUUCAUUAAAUACCUGUAUUUGUCUGAUAACUUCCUGACCUCCCUCCCUCAAGAGAUGAUCUCCUAUAUGCCUGACCUAGAAAGCCUUUAUCUGCACGGGAACCCGUGGACCUGCGAUUGCCAUUUAAAAUGGUUGUCUGACUGGAUACAGGAAAAGUCAGAUGUAAUAAAAUGCAAAAAAGACAGAAGUCCCUCCAGUCCUCAGCAAUGUCCACUUUGCAUGAACCCUAGGACCUCUAAAGGCAAGCCCUUAGCUACGGUCCCAGCUGCGGCUUUCCUUUGCACCAAGCCAACCAUUGACCCAUCCCUGAAAUCAAAGAGUCUGUCUGUUCUGGAAGACAGCAGUCCUGCCUCUAUCUCUCCCCAAGAUUUCAUGGCACCCUUCGGCUCCCUCACUUUGAAUAUGACAGACCAGUCUGGAAAUGAAGCUAACAUGGUCUGCAGUAUCCAAAAGCCCUUGAGGACAUCACCCAUUGCAUUCACUGAAGAGAAUGACUACAUCAUGCUAAAUACAUCAUUUUUGACAUUUCUAGUAUGCAAUAUAGAUUAUGGUCACAUUCAGCCAGUGUGGCAAGUACUGGCUUUAUACAGUGAUUCACCUCUGAUACUAGAAAGGAGCCAGUUGCUCACUGAAACACCACAGCUCUGUUACAAAUAUAAACAGGUAGCUCCUAAGCCUGAAGACAUUUUUACCAACAUAGAGGCAGAUCUCAUAGCAGAUCCCUCUUGGUUAAUGCAAGACCAAAUUUCCUUGCAGCUAAACAGAACUGCUACCACACUCAGUACAUUACAGAUCCAGUACUCAGGUAAUGCUCAAAUCACUUUACCAAGAGCAGAGAGAAGGCCAGUGAAACACAAAUGGACCAUGAUUUCCAGGGAAAAUAAUACUAAGCUGGAACACACUGUUUUGGUAGGUGGAACCAUUGACCUGAACUGCCCAGGCCAAGGAGACCCCACCCCACAUUUGGAGUGGGUUCUGGCUGAUGGGAGUAAGGUGAGAGCCCCUUAUGUUAGUGAAGAUGGAAGAAUCCUGAUAGACAAAAGUGGAAAAUUGGAACUCCAGAUGGCUGACAGUUUUGACACAGGAAUAUACCACUGCAUAAGCACCAAUUAUGAUGAUGCAGAUAUUCUCACCUAUAGGAUAACUGUGGUAGAGCCCGAUGUAGAAGCCUAUCAUGAAAAUGGAGUUCAUCACACAGUUUUCAUUGGUGAAACACUCGAUCUUCCAUGCCAUUCUACUGGUAACCCAGAUGCUUCUAUUAGCUGGGUUCUUCCAGGAAACAAUUUGCUCCAUCAGUCCUUAAGAGAUAAGCAAAUUCUUAACAAUGGCACAUUAAGAAUAUUACAGGUCACCCAAAAAGACCAAGGUCAUUAUCGUUGUGUAGCAGCCAAUCCAUCAGGGGUCGACUGUUUGAUUUUCCAAGUUUCAGUCAAAAUAAAAGGACAAAGAUCAGUGGUGCAUGAUGGAGAAACAGACGGAUCUGGACUUGAUGAGCCCAAUCCUAUUGCUCACCUUACGGAGCCACCAGCUGUCCAACCCCCUACAUCUGAUCCAGUGGGAGCAGAGGUUGGAAAACAAGUCUCAAGCACAAGUAAGAAGCAUAACUAUCAGGAAUUUACAAUACACCGGCAGCGUGGAGAUUCAAUAAACCGACGUUUUAGGGAACAUAAGAGGCAGUUCCCUUCCCCUGCUCAGAGAAUUGACCCACAACACUGGGCAGCACUUUUGGAGAAAGCUAAAAAGAAUGCCAUGCCAGAGAAACGAGGAAACGCCACAUUAAGGCCACCCCCACCAGUCACCCAACUCCGGAAAAUAUCUAGUGAAGAAGACUCUUCGGGCAUGCUCACGCCAGAUGAGGAAUUUAUGGUCCUGGCCACUAAAGCUUCAAAUGUUCCAACAAGGACAGUGACUGCUGCCUCCAGAACAAUAUCUGAUAGCCCUGUGACAAAUAUAACUUCUGGCACAGAAGUCUCCCCAGUUGUGAGUUCACAAAUACUACCACCUGAAAAACCUAUAGAUUUCAAACUAUCCCUUGCUAUUAAAACUACAGCUAUGUCAAAGAACAUAAACCCAACCAAGUCAAACAAAAUGCAAGACUCAACCAGUCAACAUUCAUCCACUAUCUUUCCACUACUACCAGGAGCAACUGAAUUUCACAAUGCUGACCAGAUAGGGAGAAGAGAGCAUUUACAAAGUGUACCCCCAAUAACAGUAAGAACUAUGAUCAAAAAUGUCAAUAUAAAAAUGUUUAAUAGCACUAACAACAAAGCUGACACAGUCUUAGAGUCAGUAAAUACUACAAAUGGUCUUCAGAUACCUGUAACAGGCGUCAGUGAACUGACGAGCAAUCACUUCCAUUCUCACAGCACUCAAAAACUUGGCACCUCUAAGCUCCCUUCAGAUCCAUACACUGCUGCGCAUUCUCAGAUUUCUAGAAAUAGUACAACUGACAUCCCCCUAUCCAGACGCUUUGGGAGACGGAGGAAACUUUGGGGCCGGGGGCGAAUCAUUAGCCCACAUAGAACUCCAAUUUUCCGACAGCAUAGAUAUGGCGCUGUGAGGCCAACGGUCAGAGCCUCUUCUGAGGAAAGCACUACUGCGUCUUCAGCCACAGCGCUCAGAGUGAUGUGCCCAUCCUGUCUUCCCAGAGAAAGGCUUACCACGGCUAUAGCAGCAUUGUUGUUUCCAAGUGCUGCCCCCAUCACCCUCCCCAAAGCUAACAUUGCCAGAGUCAUAUCUCAAGAGUCUACAACUCUAGUCCAGAAUCCACCAUUACUAUCUGAGAACAAACCCCAUGUAGAUACUGAGAAAACAACACAUAAAAUAAAAUAUUUCAGUGUUGAAAGUACCCCAGUGACUCCAACUGGUGCAGUCAUGACAUAUGCCCCAACAUUCACAUCUAUGGAAAAAACUCAUAUAACUAGUAUUGGUUACCCAGGUGUGUCUAGCACCAGUGAAGCUAAAAGAGAUUCAGUGAUUACAUUGCCACUUUCAGGUUCCAUCACCAAGCCAUCAAGGCCUACUCCGAUAGCCAUUACAAGAUUUUCAAGAAGGAAAAUUCCCUGGCAGCAGAUCUUCAUAAAUAACCGUAACCAAAAAGAGAGAUUAAGGAAUCAGCAUAAAUUUGGCUUACAAAAAAGCACAACCAUGAUGCUUCCUAGAAUAUCUCCUGCUUUAUCCACAGAUAAAGUUUCCCCUUUCUAUUUCACAACAUCCUCGGCAAGUUUGAUGCAAAUUCCAUCUAUAACAUCAGCUACAAUUCACCCCAAUGCCACCAAAACACACGGUUUUAGAAAUCUCUCUACAAUGAAGGAGCUGCCCUUUCCAGCUCUUUAUCCUACUCUUCCUAGUAUCACCAGCAAAGAAUCAAGUACAAUAAGCCCCAUGUCAAUGCAAACAGCCACACGGGCUAGUCCUCCUACUGCCCCUGAAUCUGUCAUUAUCUAUGAAACCCAAACAGCAAGACCUGGGUCACAAAAUGUACAAAGAAAAAAGGAGCUUCAGAAGAACAGGAAUGACUCAAACAUCUCUCUAGGCCAGAGUUCUGGUUUCACUACAUCCGCUGCUGUGAUACUUCCUGUUCUAACCACAGCUGAAACUUCAGUCAAGCCCAGUAUCUCUGCUUUCACUCAUUCUCCCCUAGAAAACACAAAUGGAAUUUCAAGCACAAGUGGUCUUCAUUCAAGAACUCUUAAUCUGACAGAUGUAGUUGAAGAACUACCCCAAGUGAGUACUCAGACUUUGAGGAGCACAAUUGCUUCCGAAACGUCCAGCAAAUCACAACAGAGUACCACAACUGGUAAAACAAUCAUCAGGCACUCAACUACACCAGUGUUCCUGAGCAGCAGCACUACUCUUUUGCCAAUUCCCAUCUCCCCUCCCUUUAUUCGAAGUGCAGUGACCGACAAUGUGGCAACUCCCAUUUUCAGGAUGAUGACAAAUGCAAUGGCCAAGCCAGAUGAAUUCUCAAGGCAUGAUCCUAAUCCAGGGCAAUUAGUAGCAGAGGUUACAACUUCUCCCAAGGCUCACCCAAAUGCCAAGUUCACAAUUGGAACCAGUCACUUUAUCUCCUCUAAUCUGUUACAUUCUACUCCUAUGCCAGCACUAGUAACAGUUAAAUCAAAGCUUUCUAAAUUGACUCCCUCUCCCUGGUCAGAAAACCAAUUUUGGCACAAGUCAUACCUAGAAAUUGCUGAAAAAGGCAAAAAGCCAGUAGUAGACAUGUUGCCCACUCUAGGCUUAUCAGAGGCCACCACUCAUGCAUCAAAUUGGGAUGGACAGAAGAAUGCAAAGAAGAGUGGCUUUGAUAAUAAACCAGUUCAAAAAGUAACAACUUCCAAACACCUUCCUUUUGACUCUUUGUCUAGGAAUAUAUUUGAAAAGCCCAGAAUAGUUGGAGGAAAAGCUGCAAGUUUUACUGUUCCAGCUAACUCGGAUGCCUUUCUUCCCUGUGAGGCUGCUGGAAAUCCCCUGCCCACCAUCCACUGGACCAGAGUCUCAUCAGGACUUGAUUUGUCUAAAAGGAAACAGAAUAGCAGGUUCCAGGUGCACCCCAAUGGCACCCUGUCCAUCCACAGAGUGGACAUUCAGGACCGUGGACAGUACCUGUGCUCAGCAUCCAAUCCAUUUGGCACGGACCGCCUUCAUGUCACCUUGUCUGUGGUUUCCUAUCCUCCCAGGAUCCUGGGGAGACACACCAAAGAGAUCACAGUUCAUUCUGGAAGCACUGUGGAGUUGAAGUGCAGAGCAGAGGGUAGACCAAGCCCUACAAUUUCCUGGAUUCUUGCAAACCAGACAGUGGUCUCAGAAUCAUCCCAAGGAAAUGGGCAGGCCCUGGUAACAUCCGAUGGAACCUUGGUCGUCCACAAUCUCAGUGUUUAUGACCGGGGCUUUUACAAAUGCAUGGCCAGCAAUCUGGCCGGUCAGGAUUCACUGCUGGUUAAAAUACAAGUCAUUGCUGCCCCACCUGUUAUUCUAGAGCAAAAGAGACAAGUCAUUUUAGGGACUUGGGGUGAAAAUUUGAAACUACCCUGUACUGCAAAAGGAACUCCUCAGCCCAGUGUUUACUGGGUCCUCUCCGAUGGCACUGAAGUGAAACCAUUACAGUUUACCAAUUCCAAGUUAUUCUUAUUUUCAAAUGGAACUCUCUAUAUAAGAAACAUAGCCUCUUCAGACAGGGGCACUUAUGAAUGCAUCGCUACGAGUUCCACUGGCUCAGAGAGAAGGGUGGUAAUGCUUACAAUGGAAGAGAGAGAGACCAGCCCCAGGAUAGAAGUUGCAUCCCAGAAAAGGACUGAGGUGAAUUUUGGGGACAAAUUACUACUGAACUGCUCAGCCACCGGGGAGCCCAAACCCAAAAUAAUCUGGAGGUUACCAUCCAAGGCUAUUGUCGACCAGUGGCACAGAAUGGGCAGUCGAAUCCAUGUCUACCCAAAUGGAUCCCUGUUUAUUGGAUCUGUAACAGAAAAAGAUGGUGGUGACUACUUGUGUGUGGCAAGAAACAAAAUGGGAGAUGAUCUGAUACUGAUGCAUGUCAGCCUAAGGCUGAAACCUGCCAAAAUUGACCACAAGCAAUAUUUUAAAAAGCAAGUGCAGCAUGGAAAAGAUUUCCAAGUUGAUUGCAAAGCUUCUGGCUCACCGGUGCCUGAGAUCUCUUGGAGUUUGCCUGAUGGAACGAUGAUCAACAAUGCAAUGCAAGCUGACGACAGCGGCCACAGGACCAGGAGGUACAUCCUUUUUGACAAUGGAACCUUAUACUUCAACCAAGUUGGGAUAGCAGAGGAAGGAGAUUAUACUUGCUAUGCCCAGAACACCCUAGGAAAGGAUGAAAUGAAGUUCCACCUAACAGUUAUAACAGCUGCCCCACGGAUAAGGCAGGGUUACAAGGCCAACACAAGAAUCAAAGCUGGAGACACAGUUGUUCUUGACUGUGAGGUCACUGGGGAUCCCAAACCGAAAAUAUUUUGGUUGCUGCCUUCCAACGACAUGAUUUCCUUCUCCAGUGGUAGGUAUACAUUUCAUGCCAACGGGUCUUUGACCAUCCACAAAGUGAAGCUGCUUGAUUCUGGAGAGUAUGUGUGUGUGGCCCGAAAUCCCAGUGGGGAUGACACCAAAAUGUACAAACUGGAUGUUGUCUCUAAGCCUCCAUUAAUCAAUGGUCUGUACACAAACAAAACUGUUAUGAAAGCUACAGCCGUGAGGCAUUCCAAAAAACACUUUGACUGCAGAGUUGAAGGGACACCCUCUCCUGAAGUCAUGUGGAUCAUGCCAGACAACAUUUUCCUCACAGUCCCAUACUAUGGAAGCAGAAUCACAGUCUAUACAAAUGGAACCUUGGAAAUCAGGAAUGUGAGGCUUUCAGAUUCAGCUGAUUUUAUCUGCGUGGCUCGAAAUGAAGGAGGCGAGAGCGUGUUGGUGGUACAAUUAGAAGUACUGGAAAUGCUGAGAAGACCAACAUUCCGAAAUCCUUUUAAUGAAAAAAUAGUUGCCCAGCUUGGAAAGUCCACUGCAUUGAAUUGCUCUGUUGAUGGUAACCCGCCACCUGAAAUAAUCUGGAUUUUACCAAAUGGCACACGAUUUUCCAAUGGACCACAAAAUUCUCAGUAUCUGAUGGCAAGCAAUGGUUCUUUUAUCAUUUAUAAAACAACUCGGGAUGACGCAGGAAAAUAUCGCUGUGCAGCCAGAAAUAAAGUUGGCUAUAUUGAGAAAUUAAUCAUUUUAGAAAUUGGCCAGAAGCCAGUUAUUCUUACAUAUGCACUAGGGACAGUAAAAAGUAUCAGUGGAGAAUCUCUAUCACUGCAUUGUGUGUCUGACGGAAUUCCUAAGCCCAAUAUCAAAUGGACUAUGCCAAGUGGUUAUGUUUUAGACAGGCCUCAAAUUAAUGGGAAAUACAUAUUGCAUGACAAUGGCACUUUAGUAAUCAAAGAAGCAACAGCUUAUGACAGAGGAAACUAUAUUUGUAAGGCUCAAAAUAGUGUUGGUCACGCACUGAUCACAGUUCCAGUAAUGAUUGUAGCCUAUCCUCCCAGGAUUACAAAUCGCCCACCCAGGAGCAUCCUCACAAGGACAGGAGCAGCCUUUCAGCUCCACUGUCUGGCCCUGGGAGUUCCAAAGCCAGAAAUCACAUGGGAGAUACCAGACCACUCCCUGCUGUCAAUGGCAAGCAAAGGCAGGAAGCAUGAAAGUGAGCUGCUUCACCUACAAGGUACCCUAGUCAUUCAGAACCCCCAAACCUCUGAUUCUGGGAUAUACAAAUGCACAGCAAAGAAUCCACUUGGUAGUGAUCAUGCAACAACUUAUAUUCAAGUAAUCUGACAUAGAGUAAAAUUAAAUUAAAAAUCUGGACAGAGUUUAUUUUUUGGAAGAAGUUUAAUCAAAGGCAGCCAUAGGCAUGUAAAUGAAUUUGAAUACAUUUACAAUAUUAAAUUUACAAUGGACAUGCAAAAAAAGACAAAUGCAUUACGAAC